AGAAACAGGAACAAUGCAUUUUUACUGUGUGCUGUGUUGACAGGUGGCACAGCCUCCAGAAUGAAAGGCUUCCUGGGGUGUAUCCGCUCGCUGCAGCUGAACGGGAGGACUCUGGACCUGGAGGAGAGGGCUAGGAUCACGCCCGGGGUGAGGCCGGGCUGCCCGGGACACUGCAGCAGCUACGGGCAGCUGUGCCAGAACCAGGGGAGGUGCGUGGAGAGGUACAACGGCUUCUCCUGCGACUGUGGCCUCUCCGCCUACGCAGGCACCUUCUGCCAGAGAGGUAAAUAGACCAUGAGCAUCACAUCGACCUUUAAGCUCUGAGGUUCUGGUGAUCAUCUCAUCAGCUAUGUCAGAGGAUGUGGCGUUCAUGUUGAUGCACUCAACACAACACCGGAGGACAUAUUCAUAUGUUAUUACACUACAAUCUAUUCUAAACCAUCUCCAUAUCGAUGGUUACAGUAUAUAACAAUAUUAAACUAAUAAGGUUUAGCCUACUGUUUUUAAUUCCUUUAUUGUAAGGCUAACAGAUACGGUUAUAGCUAAAUUUUUUGUAGUCAUAGUAGCUUCCUACCAAGGAGUGAACAUUUAAUUUAACCAUUUUUUUGACAGGGAGUCAAUGCUGAGACCAAGGUCUCUUUUCCAGAUGUGCCCUGUAUAGCACCACAAUACACAUCAAAAUACAAUAAACACGUUAAACUACACAUUCAUAUGCACAACAAAAUACACGUUAUUAUACACAACAAUACACAAAAAGCAAAACACAAUCAUAAAAAACACACAUUCUUCAAUAAAAAGGUCCCGUAACAACUGUCUGAAAUGCCCUAGAGGCACCAAUUCCUUCCAGAACAGCCAUUUAAAAUGUUUUGCAUAUUAAACGAUGACGAUCAAAAGGUCAAGAAUCCAUAUUAUUUCAGAGGACCCUCUUAGCGAACUUGAGUUCAAACACGACUUCACAUACACUUACCAGCGUUAGCUACAUCAAGAGCCUAAUAAUAUAGGAGGGUAUUCUGUAAACCCUUUUGAUGUCAGCAGGUCAACUGUAUGACGCAGGCUGGCGGAUUGGACGUGUUCAAUAAUUAAUAAGAAUGACUUGGACCACUUCCUGGUAGAACCAUCAGCGGUCAGUAGCCAUGGUGGCGGUGCUGACUGACACAGUAGAUGCGGUAAAGAAGUAAACGGAACGCAGACGUUCCAUUGACCAGAUUGCCGCACAUUCAAUCAACAAAUCUCUUCUAACAAAGUCGAUAUUCGUAAAAUCCUUAUCGAUAUUCGUAAAAUCCAAGUCAUUCUUAUUGAUUUAUGUAUUGUAACAGGCCCACAAUGCGGUUACUUACACUACAUAGCCAGAAGUAUGUGGACACCUGCUCAUCGAACAUCUCAUUCCAAAAUCAUGGCCAUUAAUCUGGAGUUGGUCCCCCCUUUGCUGCUAUUACAGCCUCCACUCUUCUUGGAAGGCUUUCCACUAGAUGUUAGAACAUUGCUGUGGGGACUUGCUUCCAUUCAGCUACUGAUGUUGGGCGAUUAGGCCUGGUUCAAAGUCGGCGUUCCAAUUCAUCCCAAAGGUGUUCGAUGGGGUUGUGGUCAGGGGUUUGUGCAGGCCAGUCAAGUUCUUCCACGCCGAUCUUCACAAACCAUUUCUGUAUGGACCUGCUUUGUGCACGGGUUCAUUGUCAUGCCGAAACAGGAAAGGGCCAUCCCCAAACUGUUGCCACAAAGUUGGAAGCACAGAAUUGUCUAGAAUGUCAUUGUAUGCUGUAGCGUUAAGAUUUCGUUUCACUGGAACUAAGGAGCCUGAACCAUGAAAUACUGUCCCAGGACAUUAUUCCUCCUCCACCAAACUUUACAGUUGGCACUAUGCAUUGUCUCCCGAGUGGUGCAGUGGUCUAAGGCACUGCAUUGCAGUGCUAGCUGUGCCACUAGAGAUCCUGGUUCGAAUCCAGGCUCUGUCAUAGCCGGCCGCGACCGGGAGACCCAUGGGGCGGCGCACAAUUGGCCCAGCGUUGUCCAGGGUAGGGGAGGGAAUGGCCGGCAGGGAUAUAGCUUAGUUGGUAGAGCAUGGCGUUUGCAACGCCAGGGUUGUGGGUUCAAUUCCCAUGUGGGGCCAGUAUGAAAAAAAUAAUAAAAACAAUGUAUGCACUCACUAACUGUAAGUCGCUCUGGUUAAGAGCGUCAACUAAAAUGUAAAUGUAAUGCAUUGUGGCAGAUAGUGUUCUCCUGGCAUCCGCCAAACCCAGAUUGGUCUGUCGGACUGCCAGAUGGCGAAGCGCGAUUCAUCACUCCAGAGAACUCGUUUCCACUGCUCCAGAAUCCAAUGGCGGUGAGCUUUACACCACUCCAUCCGACACUUGGCAUUGCGCAUAGUGAUCUUAGGCUUGUGUGUGGCUGCUCGGCCAUGGAAACCCAUUUCAUGAAGCUCCCGACGAACAAUUAUUGUGCUGACGUUGCUUCCAGAGGCAGUUUGGAACUCGGUAGUGAGUGUUGCAACCGAGGACAGACGAUUUUUACGCACUACACGAUUCAGCACUCGGCGGUCCCGUUCUGUGAGUUUGUGUGGCCGACCACUCCGCGGCUGAGCCGUUGUUGCUCCUAGACGUUUCCAAUUCACAAUAACAGCACUUACAGUUGACCUGGGCAGCUCUAGCAGGGCAGAAAUCUGAUGAACUGACUUGUUGGAAAGGUGGCGUCCUAUGAUGAUGCCAUGUUGAAAGUCACUGAGCUCUUCAGUAAGGGCCAUUCUACUGCCAAUGUUUGUUUAUGGAGAUUGCAUGGCUGUGUGCUCGAUUUCAUACACCUGUCAGCAAUGGGUGUGGCUGAACUAGCCGAAUCCACUCAUUUGAAGGGGUGUCCACACACUUUUAGCCAUGUAGUGUAAGUCCGAUUUGGAUAUAUUUGGCUGUUUUUCGCUACAUAGCAUGUAGAAGUUGUCCCUUUUCCAGGUUUAGAAGAAGUGACUGCUGAAUGCUAACACCCGUUCGUAUAAACUGGUUAGCAUAGCUAGCAUACAGAAAUCAUUGAUGGUAGUCAAAGUCGUUUUUAACUAUAAUUCAGUUGAUUGGUAAUGAUGACAUGAACAUGUGUUGGGGUUGACAUCCAUGCAAGCAUUAUACUCUGAUUUCUACCUAAACAGUGUGUGAAAUACACAUAUAAACAAAGCCUAAAUGUAAGCAGAUUUUGCUGGGGGCAAUUGGGAGAUUAAUGAUCUUUCCCUCAUGGCCCUUUCCCCAACACGUUUCGAUGGCAAUUCCAAAUUUUGGGGUCGAGUUCCAUUGACCUCUUUCACACAACACUUGAAGACUGUUCUUAAUUAGUCUUCUUGUUAUAGAUGCUUUACUCCUCUUGUCAGUUAAAGAGGGUAUAGUUAUAUUCCACAGUCUACCUCUUGUCAGUUAAAGAGGGUAAUGUUCUGUAAGUAACAAGGUCAUAAUGGUGUUAAUUAUGUCAGUAAGGAGAACAUUUUAUAUAAGAACAAAGGCGUAGGUUGUUAAGUAAAUUGACGUUUUAAAUACAUGUUCAAAACUCUGCAUUGGCAUAAUAAUAGUUAACGCAAGGACAGAAUGUUAAGAGUUUACAGAAUCUUUGUAAGGAAUACAUAGCAAAGUGAAAGACUGUUCCAUCACAAUACCAUUGAUUGCUAUUUGAUUUGUUUUAGUAAGAUCCCCAUUAGCUGACACCAAUGGCGGCAGCUAGUCUUACUGGGGUCCGACAUAUAACGAAAAAGACAUUACAGAGGAAAGACUUUACAAUUUACAUACAUUUUAAAACAUUAACAUGUAGUGUGUGUGUGCAUCUAUCAGUUACACAUACAUGUCAGUAUAUACACACAACAGGUAGGUCACAUGGGGGAGAGGCUUUGUGCCGUGAGGUGUUGCUUUAUUUGUUUUCAAAACCAGGUUUGCGGUUCACUUGCGCUAUAUAAGAUGAAUGGGGGUUCCAUGCACUCAUGGCUGUAUAAUACUGUACAUUUCCUUUGAAUUUGUUCUGGACCUGGAUACUGUGAAAAGACCCCUGGUGGCAUGUCUGGUGGGGUAAGUGUGUGUGUCAGUGCUGUGUGUAAGUUGACUACGCAAACCAUUUGGAAUUUCCAGCACAUUAAUGUUUCUUAUGAAAACAAGUGACGCAGUCAGUCUUUCCUCAACUCUUAGCCAAGACAAACUGGCAUGCAUUGUAUUAAUAUUAGCCCUCUGAUUACAAUGAAGAGCAAGACGUGCCGCUCUGUUCUGGGCCAGCUGCAGCUUAGCUAGGUCUUUCUUUGCAGCACUUGACCACACAGUAUGACUGGACAAAACUCAAGAUAAGACAAAACUAGAGACUGCAGGAUUUGCUUUAUGGAGUUUGGUGUCAAAAAAGCAGAGCGUCUCUUUAUUACGGGCAGACCUCUCCCCAUCUUUACAACCAUUUAAUCUAUAUGUUUUGACCAUGGCAGUUUACAAUCUAAGGUAACACCAAGUAAUUUAGUCUCCUCAACUUGUUCAACCGCCACACCAUUCAUUACCAGAUUCAGCUGAGGUCUAGAACUUAGGGGAGUGAUUUGUACCAAAUACAAUGCUCUUAGUUUUAUAGAUGUUCAGGACCAGUUUGUUACUGGCCACCCAUUCCAAAACAGACUGCACCUCUUUGUUAAGGGUUUCAGUGACUUCAUUAGCUGUGGUUGUUGAUGUGUAUAUAGUUGAAUCAUCAGCAUACAUGGACCCACAUGCUUUGUUUAAUGCCAGUGGCAGGUCAUCGGUAAAAAAAGAAAAGGGUAGAGGGCCUAGAGAGCUUCCAUGUGAUACGCUACACUUUACAUGUUUGACAUUAGAGAAGCUUCCAUUAAAGAAAUCCCUCUGAGUUCUAUUAGAUAUAUAGCUCUGAAUCCACGAUAUGGCAGAGGUUGAAAAGCCAUAACACAUAUGUUUUCUCAAGGUUAUGGUCAAUAAUAUCAAAGGCUGCACUGAACUCUAACAGCUCCCACUAUCUUAUUAUUAUCAAUUUCUUUCAACCAAUCAUUAGUCAUUUGUGUCAGUGCAGUACAUGUUGAGUGCCAUUCUCUAUAAGCAUGCUGAAAGUCUGUUGUUAAUUUGUUUACAGAGAAGUAGCAUUGUAUUUGGUAAAACACCAUUUUUUCCAACAAUUUGCUAAGAGCUGGCAGCAAGCUGAUAGGUCUGCUGUUAGAACCAGUAAAGGCCGCUUUACCACUCUUGACUUUGGCUUCCCUCCAGGCCUGAGGACAAAGACUUUCCUCUAGGCUCAGAUUAAAGAUAUGACAGAUAGGAUAGGCUAUAGAGUCAGCUACCAUCCUCCGUACCUUUCCAUCUAAGUUGUCAAUGCCAGGAGGUUUGUCAUUAUUGAUCGGUACAAAUAUUUUUUCCACCUCUCCCACACUAACUUUACAAAAUUCAAACUUGCAAUGCUUUGCUUUCAUUAUUAGUUUUUUUAUACAUGAGUACAAUCGCUCACUGUUCGUUGUUGGCAUUUCCUGCCUAAGAUUGCCCACUUUGCCAAUGAAGUAAUCAUUAAAAUAAUUGGCAACAUCAAAUGGUUUUGUGAUGAAUAAGCCAUCUGAUUCAAUGAAAGAUGGAGUUGAAUUUGUCUUUAUGCCCAUAAUUUCAUUUAAAGUACUCCAAAGUUUUUUUUACAUCAUUCUUUAGAUCAUUGAUCUUGGCUUCAUAAUACAGUUUCUUCUUCUUUUUGUUGAGUUCAAUCACAUAAUUUCUCCAUUUGCAUUAAGUCAGCCAGUCAGAUGUGCAGCCAGACCUUUUAGCUUACUCCUUUUGGCCCGUCUCUUUCAACCAUAUAGUUUUUCAAUUCCUCAUCAAUCCAUGGAGCCUUAACAGUUAUAACUGUCAGUUUCUUAACAGGUGCAUGUUUAUCAAUAAUUGGAAGAAGCAAUUUCAUAAAUGUAUCAAGUGCAGCAUCUGGAUGCUCCUCAUUAAUCACAUCAGACCAACAAAUAUUUUUUAACAUCAUCCACAUAAGAGUCACAGCAAAAUAUGUAUAUUUUAGGCCCAGCUAUAGUUAUAGUUAUGGCCCAGCUAUAGUUAUAGUUAUGGCCCAGCUAUAGUUAUAGUUAUGGCCCAGCUAUAGUUAUAGUUAUGGCCCAGCUAUAGUUAUAGUUAUGGCCCAGCUAUAGUUAUAGUUAUGGCCCAGCUAUAGUUAUAGUUAUGGCCCAGCUAUAGUUAUAGUUAUGGCCCAGCUAUAGUUAUAGUUAUGGCCCAGCUAUAGUUAUAGUUAUGGCCCAGCUAUAGUUAUAGUUAUAGUUAUGGCCCAGCUAUAGUUAUAGUUAUGGCCCAGCUAUAGUUAUAGUUAUGGCCCAGCUAUAGUUAUAGUUAUGGCCCAGCUAUAUUUAUAGUUAUGGCCCAGCUAUAGUUAUAGUUAUGGCCCAGCUAUAGUUAUAGUUAUGGCCCAGCUAUAGUUAUAGUUAUGGCCCAGCUAUAGUUAUAGUUAUGGCCCAGCUAUAGUUAUAGUUAUGGCCCAGCUAUAGUUAUAGUUAUGGCCCAGCUAUAGUUAUAGUUAUGGCCCAGCUAUAGUUAUAGUUAUGGCCCAGCUAUAGUUAUAGUUAUAGUUAUGGCCCAGCUAUAGUUAUAGUUAUGGCCCAGCUAUAGUUAUAGUUAUGUCCCAGCUAUAGUUAUAGUUAUGGCCCAGCUAUAGUUAUAGUUAUGGCCCAGCUAUAGUUAUAGUUAUGGCCCAGCUAUAGUUAUAGUUAUGUCCCAGCUAUAGUUAUAGUUAUGGCCCAGCUAUAGUUAUAGUUAUGGCCCAGCUAUAGUUAUAGUUAUGGCCCAGCUAUAGUUAUAGUUAUGGCCCAGCUAUAGUUAUAGUUAUGGCCCAGCUAUAGUUAUAGUUAUGGCCCAGCUAUAGUUAUAGUUAUGGCCCAGCUAUAGUUAUAGUUAUGGCCCAGCUAUAGUUAUAGUUAUGUCCCAGCUAUAGUUAUAGUUAUGGCCCAGCUAUAGUUAUAGUUAUGGCCCAGCUAUAGUUAUAGUUAUAGUUAUGGCCCAGCUAUAGUUAUAGUUAUAGUUAUGGCCCAGCUAUAGUUAUAGUUAUGGCCCAGCUAUAGUUAUAGUUAUGGCCCAGCUAUAGUUAUAGUUAUGGCCCAGCUAUAGUUAUAGUUAUGGCCCAGCUAUAGUUAUAGUUAUGGCCCAGCUAUAGUUAUAGUUAUAGUUAUGGCCCAGCUAUAGUUAUAGUUAUGGCCCAGCUAUAGUUAUAGUUAUGGCCCAGCUAUAGUUAUAGUUAUGGCCCAGCUAUAGUUAUAGUUAUGGCCCAGCUAUAGUUAUAGUUAUGGCCCAGCUAUAGUUAUAGUUAUGGCCCAGCUAUAGUUAUAGUUAUGGCCCAGCUAUAGUUAUAGUUAUGGCCCAGCUAUAGUUAUAGUUAUGGCCCAGCUAUAGUUAUAGUUAUGGCCCAGCUAUAGUUAUAGUUAUGGCCCAGCUAUAGUUAUAGUUAUGGCCCAGCUAUAGUUAUAGUUAUGGCCCAGCUAUAGUUAUUGUUAUGGCCCAGCUAUAGUUAUAGUUAUGGCCCAGCUAUAGUUAUAGUUAUGGCCCAGCUAUAGUUAUAGUUAUAUUAUAUAAAUAUAUAUAUUAUUCUAUAUACAGAAACCAUUGUUCCUCUCUUUUACUUCCCUGUCCUCCAGAGGUCUCGGCUGACUUCAAACCCGGGACAUCGGUCCAGUACACAUUCAAGGAGCCAUAUGAGCUGAACAGGAACACCAGCACCCAGUCGUCCUCCAUCUACUCUGACCUCAAGCUACGGCGAGAGAACGUGUCAUUCAGCUUCCGUAGCAGCCAGAGCCCAGCACUGCUCCUCUACGUCAGCUCAUACUACAGAGAGUACCUGGCUGUGCUGCUCAACAGGAAUGGUAAGAGGCGGAGAGAUAUAAAAAUCCAACCUGUGAUAUUAGUUAUGUCAUAUUACUAAAUCUAGAAAGGUUAUUGACAAUGACUGUAAGUGAGAGAGAGAAGGGGGGGGGGGGGGGGGGGGGGGGGGGGGGGCGCAUGGUUGGAAACAGCUGCUGAAUUGAGCAGGUCCUAAUCUCACUGCUAAUUUUCCUCCACUAGCAGCUAUACCAGAUUCAUUUGAAUGGAUUUAAGUCUCCAUGUCCCUGUAGACACCAGUUGUUCUAAGAGAGCACAAGCAAGAUAUCUCAGUAAGAGUAAGAAAGUUCAAAAUAUGUAUUUCUUGCUAGUAAAUAUAGUCAACAUGUCUAAACACAAAGUGCCAGUUUAUCAACUUGUCAUGCCUCUUUUUGAUUUGGAUCUUUCUGUUUGUUUUCUGUGUUAGAUGUUGUGAUAUUAAUGAGGAGUGUUUGAAUUUAAAAUUAAUAAAUGAUGCCUGGUAGCUAGGCUACUUCUAGUGACUCCAGCUACACAGUACAUUCUGUUAGCUACAGCAUGUUCAAAAAAGAACUGUAGAAGUUAAAGAAACUCAAAGUGUAUUGGGUGUUUAAGAAGUUCGAUAUUCUCUACUGUAUGGGACUUGCAGUAAGACUGCCUCUACAUUACCAUGUACUGUACUGCAGUAAAGGCUAGUGAGGGAGGGGACGGCUCAUUUCAUUCCAGCCAUUAAUAUGAGCCGGCCUCCCCUCACCAGCCUCCACUGCUGUGCUGUAUGUCUAACGAAUAUGCAAAUUUAGAAAGGUUGGUUCUGAGAAUGAUUUCUUAAUGGUCCUGAGACGUGUGAUGGACUGCCAAGUGCACUACUGUACAGUGUACAGUGUCACCAUAGCGAUCAAGUCAUCCAGUUAGUUACCGCACUUCUUCCUGAACGAUCGUUCAAUUAGAGCUCAGGGAGCGGUUAUUCUCGGAAACCCUGGAUGGCUUCUUCUCUGAGCGGUCGGCGACGCCCCUCUGGCAGACAGACUACACUCUGCCCAUGUCAAUGUGUGACAGUAAUUGUGGCCUAUCUAAUGUGAUGGCCCUCUACUUGAAUAUAGGAAUGGGCCCUCUCCACUUAUAUAACAGUUGUUUCUUUUUCCUAUGGCACAAAUCAUGAAAUGUCUCAAAUACUCCUGCCCUUACAGUGCCUCAGUAAUUGUAGACUUUCUGAUAUGACGGCCCUCUGCUUUAAUCGGAGAAUGGGCCCUCUCCCUCAUUUAUAAAAUAGUUGUUUAAUUUGUCCUAUGGCGCAAAUCAUUUUAAUGUCUAUUUAACAGUCUUACCCUCUCAAAGAUUAUUUUCUUUCCACUGGAUGUGUGUAAUUAAUUCAUGUUUAAUCUACACUGAACAAACAUAUAAAUGCAACAUGCAACAAUGUCAAUGAUUUUUUUGAGUUACAGUUCAUAUAAGGAAAUCAGUCAAUUGAAAUACAUUCAUUAGGCCCUAAUCUAUGGAUUUCACAUGACUGGGAAUACAGCUAUGCAUCUGUUGGUCACAGAUACCUUUUUUAAAAAAGGUAAGGGCGUGGAUCAGAAAACCAGUCAGUAUCUGGUGUGACCACCAUUUGCCUCAUGCAGCGCAACACAUCUCCUUCACAUAGAGUUGAUCAGGCUGUUGAUUGUUGCCUGUGGAAUGUUGUCCCACUCCUCUUCAAUGGCUGUGCAAAGUUGCUGGAUAUUGGCGGGAACUGGAACAUGCUGUCGUACACGUCGAUCCAGAGCAUCCCAAACAUGCUCAAUGGGUGACAUGUCUGGUGACUGUGCAGGCCAUGAAAGAACUGGGACAUUUUCAACUUCCAGGAAUUGUGUACAGAUCCUUGCGACAUGGGGCCGUGCAUUAUCAUGCUGAAACAUGAGGUGAUGCGGCGGAUGAAUGGCACGACAAUGGGCCUCAGGAUCUCAUCACGGUAUCAAUGUGCAUUCAAAUUGCCAUUGAUAAAAUACAAUUGUGUUUGUUGUCUGUAGCUUAUGCCAGCCAAUACCAUAACCGACCACCACUAUGGGGCAAUCUGUUAACAACAUCAGCAAACCGCUCUGCCAUCUGCUCGGUACAGUUGAAACCGGGAUUCAUCCGUGAAGAGCACACUUCUCCAGUAUGCCGGUGGCCAUCGAAGGUGAGCAUUUGACCACUGAAUUCAGUUAAGACGGCGAACUGCAGUCAGGUCAAGACCCUGGUGAGGACGACGAGCACGCGGAUGAGCUUCCCUGAGAUGGUUUCUGACAGUUCGUGCAGAAAUUCUUCAGUCUUUCAAACCCACAGUUUCAUCAGCUGUCCGGGUAGCUGGUCUCAGACGAUCCCGCAGGUGAAGAAGCCAGAUGUGGAGGUCCUGGGCUGGUAUGGUUACAUGUGGUCUGCGGUUGGGAGGCCGGUUUGACGUACUGCCAAAUUCUCUAAAACGACAUUGGUAGAGACUUAUGGUAGAGAACUUAACAUUAAAUUAUCUGGCAACAGCUCUGGUGGACAUUCCUGCAGUCAGCAUGCCAAUUGCACGCUCCCUCAAAACUUGAGACAUAUGUGGCAUUGUGUUGUGUGACAAAACAUUUUAGAGUGGCCUUUUAUUGUCCCCAGCACAAGGUGCACCUGUGUAAUGACCAUGCUGUUUAAUCAGCUUCUUGAUAUGCCACACCUGUCAGGUGGAUGGAUUAUCUUGGCAAAGGAGAAAUGCUCACUAACAGGGAUGUAAACAAAUAUGUGCACAAAAUAUAAGGGAAAUAAGCUUUCUGUGCAUAUGGAACAUUUCUGGGUCUUUUAUUUCAGCUCAUGAAACAUGAUACCAACACUUUACAUGUUGCGUUUAUAUUUUUGUUCAGUAUGAUAUUUGUACCCCCAAUCCCUCCAUGAAGAUUUGUAAUUAUGUUAUUGUAAUAAUCAUGAAGGGCUUUCAUGUUGGCUUAAAGAUUUUUAAAAAAUGGCACCUUUGUAUGAAGUGAUCAUUUGUGUGCAGCAGCAUCAGUGAGAAUGUGUUUUUUUAAGCGAUGUAAUACAUUUCCAAUUUGUCCAUUCAUCUGAAUGUGAAUGAUUAUUUAGGUGCUGACUGACAAUACAAACACAACAGUGCAUUACUCAGAGCCCCUCAGAUAAUUAAUUCCCUGAAAAUUAAUUUGAUUUAUUAUCUCUGUUAUUGAUAGGGAAUUAGAGAUUAAUCCGCUCAGUACAGGGUUUACAAAACUCGGUCCUGGGGACCCCAAGGGGUGCACAUUUUGGUUUUUGCCCUAGCACAAACAUUUCUGUUGAUUAUUAUCCACAUAAUAAUUAACAUAUCCUGUUGCUGCAGGAUUAUUUUCCUGCUGUAGCAAAUUGGCUCAAAUUAAGAUCCUACAUCUGUAAAGCUGUAAAAAAUGAUAUAUAUAUUUGUUGGGUACAUCAUGAAUGCUGCACACAUGGUAGUGAGAUUGUUCAGUGGCUGUCUGCAUUUAAACGAUAGUGAUAUUGUUACAUGUCUGUCACUGUCUGCAUUUAAAUGGUGUUGAUUAUUGUUAAUGUUUCAUCUCUAUGGGAGUUUCAGAUUAACCGUAGUCCUGUACUAAAAGGGUCUUUCGAUGGAGAAUAUCAUUUGAGAAUGCUUUUCAGUCCAGGAGUCUGUUUAAUCUGUUUCUGGACAACUGCCCCAGAAUGUCUCUGAAAGUUAGUUGGUAUUAAAGUUGUCUCUAUAUCUCUCAAAGGUUACCUGGAUGUUAAAUACAAGCUGCAGAACAGUAGAGAUGCUGAGGUGUUCAGGACCAGCGUUAGGAACCUGGCCAACGGACAACUUCACAGAGUCUCCAUCAGGAGGCUUUCAGAGACUGUCAGUAUUCAGGUAACUUAUUCUGUCAGUGUUCGGGUAACUUAUUCUCUCACCGUUCAGGUAACUUAUUCUGUCAGUGUUCGGGUAACUUAUUCUCUCACCGUUCAGGUAACUUAUUCUCUCACCUUUCAGGUAACUUAUUCUGUCACUGUUCAGGUAACUUAUUCUCUCACCGUUCAAGUAACUUAUUCUCUCAACGUUCAGGUAACUUAUUCUCUCACCGUUCAGGUAACUUAUUCUGUCACUGUUCAGGUAACUUAUUCUGUCACCAUUCAGGUCAAUUAUUCUGUCACCGUUCAGGUAACUUAUUCUGUCACCAUUCAGGUCAAUUAUUCUGUCACCGUUCAGGUAACUCAUUCUGUCACUGUUCAGGUAACUUAUUCUGUCACCAUUCAGGUAAUUUAUUCUGUCACCAUUCAGGUCAAUUAUUCUGUCACCCUUCAGGUAACUUAUUCUGUCACCGUUCAGGUAACUUAUUCUGUCACCGUUCAGGUAACUUAUUCUGUCACUAUUCAGGUAACUUAUUCUCAUUCAAAAUAAAGUAAUGUUCAGCAGUUACCUUGGUGCAGUGGAUCUCUUCCUUGGGCACUAGUACCCCUGGGUGUACCUGGUCUAUCCACAAGGGGUACUUGGGAAGAUUAAUAAAAACAUAGGCCUAAUGAUUGGUUGCACAUGAGGAGGUACUGCAGGCAGAGAAAAAUGUAAUUGGGUGUAGCGUAACCUAAAAAGAUUGAGAAUCACUGCCUUGAAUGUCAGCAAGGGGCAUUUAAAGACAAGUAGGCCUAUAUGUAAUGUAGCUAACCUGCUGAGCUGUGAAUGUAAGUGUAUACAUGUUAGCAGUGUGGGAUCUGUAUCAUGGUGAGUAAAAGUAAUUCAAAAGGAAAAUAACAUUACCCCCAACAGAUUUAAAUAAACUGUGAGAUGUGAUACCACUCGAGGAUAGUGGAUCAAGAGUGAUGCAGGUUUUUUCUAUAGUGCAGUUCUACCUCUUGGGACUGUAUCUAUCAUGGAGUCCAAGUUCUUUGCUAACCUCACAGGAGGAGCCAACCCUACAGAUGUAAGAUCUUAAUUUUAGCCAAUUUGCUACAUCAGGGAAAUAAUCCUACAGCAACAGGAAAUUAUUAUUCGGAUUAUAAUUAAUAUUCAUUGAUGACAAACUUCAGAAGCCUUUUUAAACCUCAAAUGCACUACACGUUUUUCCUGCAUUCCAGGAAAGUUCUCCUGCAACAUGGUGAUCAAAUUAAGAUCCUACAUCUGUAUCUAUCAUCAAGUCCAUGCCCUUUGUCAACCUCACAGCAGGACACAAACCCAGGCCUUGCUCCAGAGCUGUACUUAUUCAGAAUGCAUUCCAACUUUCAGCCAUUAAGUAGGCACACUCAUUCACAAUUCAGAGACAUUUCAGGCAACAUGAAUGAUUCUAAAGAAUAGAAGGACUAGGAUAGCAGAGAAUAGUAGAGAGAAAUCAAUAGAAGUUUAAGCGUAAUGGAUUGAAAUCUGUGAGGAGACUGGCAGACGUUUGAACACACAUACAUUUCAAGAAUUGUAACAACAAAGUUGGUCGACAUUCUACUUCUCAGCCAUUCUUCGACAGACACAUUUGGAAAGCAAGUUGCGUUUUUUUACCAAAUAUAGUAAAAACUAUUAUUUAGAUCAUUCUGAAUUCCUGUUCAGCAUUGCCCUGAUGUGAUCUGAACCUGCCACUCUAGUUAACAUGAUAUUAACCCCACCACAUCACCCAUAGCUAUUUUUUAUUACAGUGUAAUGUUCUUAAGUGCUCUGCAAUACAAAUUCAAAGUCAUGGCUUGCUGGGUAUUUGCUGAAGCAAUCCAGGUAAAGUGUUUUUCGCCAGGGAUCAACCUGUAUUAACCCUUCUUUGAGGAUUUGAACUACAGUACAGCAACCCAACUGUAACGGCAAGGCCAUACAAACGCCCAUAUUUAGACACGCCCAAUAUGUUGGACUAUUGUAAUGCACUACCCUUCCAUAGUAAUCUAUAAUGGACACACAUAAGUGUUUACUUCCGAUCACCCAACAUGUGGGCGGCUUCCCAGACCUGUCCGGCCCUGCGGAACCAUUCGUUGACAGCGGGCGUGUCGGUCUGGCUGGGUGUCCAAGGGGCCAGGGCCAGCUGGUACCCCAGGACACAUUGGAAGGGAGUGAGCCUCGUGGAGGAGUGAAUGAGGGUCCACCUGCCCGUUCAUGCGCUCCACCUGCCCAUUCAACUGAGGCCUAUACCCGGAAGUGAGGCUGGCCAUGGCCCCAAUCUUCUCCAGGAAAGCCUUCCACACUCAGGAGGUGAAUUGGACGCCACGGUCCAAGACGAUGUCCUCCGGAAGUUCAUAAUGCCGGAAGACCUGUUGGAACAGGACCUCAGCGACCUGGAGAGCAGAAGGAAGACCAGUUAGUGGCAAAAAAUGGCAUGAUUUGGAGAACCGUUCUACGACCACCAGGACUGUGGUGAAGCUGUCAGAAUGUGGGAGGUCGGUGACAAAGUCUAUGGACAGGUGUGACCAAGGUCGCUGAGGCACUGGGAGAGGAACUAGUUUGCCUGCCGUGGUGUCUUUGUUUGGGCACAUACGGAACAGGAGUUGAUAUAACGGGAGACAUCAGUAGCCAAGGUGGGCCACCAGUAUUUUUGUGAGAGAGAAUGUAGGGUGUGCGUCAUACUGGAGUGUCCUGCCGUAAGGGUGGUGUGAUCAGCAGGUGGUCACGAACCAUGGUGGGUACAUACACGCGGCAAGCGCUGGGUCCUCCUGAACCGCCAGGCGGAUGUCUUCGUCCACAUCCCAAACGACAGCUGCCACGAUGAGAGACGGAGGCAGGAUAGGACCCCCAAGAUCCUUCCUUUCUCCGGUAUGGUGCAACCUGGAGAGUGCGUCGGCUUUCACAUUCUGGGAUCCUGGGCGGUAGGACAGAAUAAACAGAAAGCGAGUAAGAAAUUGGGCCCACCUGGCUUGAUGAGAGUUCAUCCGUUUCGCUGCCCGUAUGUGCUCCAAAUUCCGGUGGUCAAUGAGAAUCCGGAAUGGAUGGACUGCGCCCUCCAGCCAGUGUCUCCAUUCCUCCAGAGCGAGGACCACCGCCAACAGCUCCCUGUCUCCAACUCCAUAGUUCCUCUCUGCGGGGGUAAGCUUUUUAGAGAAAAAGGCACAGGGAUACAUUUUCUCUGGCUUACCUUGCCGCUGGGAGAGGACCCCACCCAUGCCCUCCUCAGAUGCGUCCACCUCCAGGAUGAAAGGACGAGCUGGAUCUGGGUGUUUUAGAAGGAGCGCUGUGGUAAACCUCUCCUUCAGCCUCUUGAAGGCAGCUUCAGCUUCAGGGUUCCAGGCCAGCUUCUGAGGCCCCCCCCCCCCCUUAAGGAGAGAGGUGAGCGGGGCGGCUAUGGAGCUGAAGGACCUGAUGAAACGCCGGUAGAAAUUUGCGAAGCCCAGGAAGCUCUGUUGGCCCUUGAUGGUGAAGAUGACUGGCCAUGACCUGACGGCAUCCAUCUUCGCUCUUUCCAUGAACACCCCCUGAGGACAGAUCCUGUAUCCCAGGAAGGAGAUGGCCUGUUGGUGGAAUUCGCAUUUCUCCCCCUUCACCAACAGGCUGUGUUCCCGGAGGCGGAGUAGGACCGCUCUGAUGUGCUCCAUGAAUGUAGCCGAGUAGAUCAGGAUAUCGUCGUUGUACACCACCACCGGUCUACUCAGCAUGUCUCAGAACACGUCAUUGACGAAGGACUGGAACACAGAAGGUGCGUUGGCAAGGCCAUAGGGCAUGACGCAGUAUUCAUAGUGGCCUGAAUUCCGUCUUCCACUCGUCUCCUUCCCGGAUUCGGAUCAGGUUGUAGGGCACUCCACAGGUCCAACUUGGUAAAGUACCGGGCCCCUCACAGCUGCUCGAUGGCCGACGGAACCAGAGGGAGGGGGUACCGGUACUUGAUGGUGACUGCGUUCAGCCCCCGGUAGUCAAUGCACGGCCUCAGUCCUCCGUCUUUUUUGUGCCGGAGGCAGGAGAGGUAGAGCGUCUGAUGAACCCCUGUUUCAGGGUCUCUGUCACAUACUUCUCCAUUGCCUCAGUCUCCGCUAUGGAGAGGGAGUAAAUGAGACUCGUCAGGGGGGUGUUGUCCUUCCAGCAGGUCCCAGGGCCUGUGAAGAGGGAGACACUUAGCCUUGGAGGCAGAGAAGACAUCGGAGAGAUCUGCGUACUCACGUGGAAUGUUGGGCUGGAGGGCGCACUCCGGACUCUCUGCUGACGUGGAACAACAAACCACCGGCAGGCAGGUCUGGCAUGAGGGGGACCAGGCUGUGAUCCUCUUGGUGAUCCAAUUGAUGGUGGGGUUGUGUAGUCUGAGCCAAGGCAAUCCCAAGACGAUCCGGUGAAGGGGUCAAGUGACUAUGUGGAAGGACAGCUCCUCGUGGUGCUCCGGUAGUGUGGGAAUGGUGAUGGUGAUGGGGAGAGUGACGUGCGUAAUGGACCCUGAUCCAAGUGGUUUAUUGUCCAGCGAGGUGACGUGUAGCGGAGAAGGCAGUGGCACGGUGGGAAACCCCCAUUCAGGGACCAGCUCCCUAUCUAUAAGGUUCCCCGCUGAUCCGGAAUCUAUCGCGGAAGGCGAAGAGAAGGAAGAACCAUUCACCAUUAGGGGAACUAAAAACAAUGGUUUGGUGACAGGUGAUGACGGAACACUCACGGAGCGGCGACGGGAGUCAUACCGCCUAGAUAGGGAGCCGCCAGGAGAUCUGUGGUCCGUGGUGGUGUAGGGGGUGCUGCCCACCUCAAUGGGUGAGGACUCAGGGCAGCUUUCAUAGCUCAGAUGGGGUGAGAGAUCGGUCUCUCAACAUGUCGUCAAGACGAAUGGACGUGGCAAUGAGGGUAUCAAGGUCCAUCUCAUCGUCACAACAUGCGAGUUCCGUUGUGAUGUCUUCCCGUAAGCCUCGCCUGAAGGCCGUGUGCGCAGAGCACGCUCAUUCCAGCCAGAAGACGCUGCCACCGUGCAAAAGCUCAGAGCGUACUCAAACGCGGCCCCCUCUCCCUAUUGUAGCCGAAGGAGACGCUCACCCACAUCCUUUCCUUCCGUGGGAUGAUCGAACACCACCCUGAACGAGCGAGGAAGGUGGAAUAGGGAAGUGCCGCGGUCUCACCUCCUUUCCAGACUGCCGUGGCCCAAUCCAGCGCCUUUCCCUUCAGUAGCGAAAUCACCAGCGCUAUCCUAGCUUGGUCCAAUGGAGAUGCCCCACGCUGACGCGCCAGAUACAGUGAAACCUGUAGCAGGAAGCCUCUACAUUUCGUUGUUUUCCCGUCAAAGCGCUCCGGCAGGGCGAGGGGUCCCUCAGACGUUGGUGAUAGCAUGGGAGGAGGUGGACUGGGUGCACCCGCCGCUCCCUGAGGUGGAACCGGAGCGAUGGUCAGUUUAUGCAGCGUUAGGAGCACUUCCUGCAUGGCGGCGUUCAGCUGGGCAAUCUGCUGCUGGUGCUGGUCGAGGCCCUGCUGCAUCCAUCUUCGUGAUUGGUGUGUGAUUCUGUGACGAGAACUGAGGAUACGAAGAGGCAGGACACAGACGCAGGAAUCAACAAUGUAAAGGUUUACUUAACACUGAGCAAGAGAACAACAAAGACACGACAAGACACUAACAAUCACACACAACACAACCCUGAACAGUCCAGGGCUAUAUAGGGGUGGUGAUGAGAUGAUGAGGUGCGGGUGCUCUGGAGGUAAUUAGGGUGCGUUGGGUUUCCAUUCCGGUGUUGCCGAGGUGGUGCACUCAGAACGGUGGCUCAGUAGACCGACGAAUCAGAGCGCCGGAGGGGAGCAACGGGAGGAGACGUGACAAUUAUAUCUUAGUGUUGGAGUGUGCCCCUGGCUGUCCGUAAAUAAAUAAAAAAUAAUUGUGCUGUCUAGUUUGCUUAAUAUAAGGAAUUUGAUAUAUAACAUUUACUUUUUAAAUGUGUUGCUGGAGUCCGGCAUGCUAGCUGGCUGUGGCGUCAUAUGACUUGAUGCCCGGACGAUUUUCACGGAAUAAUACUGCACCUAGUUAGCUAGCUGAAUAAACUGAGUUAGUCUAUUCCUAGAAACAUUGAACCGCUGUAGUUUACAACAAUUAUAGUUUCUGAGGUGGAAGUUGGGAGAGUUAUAUUUGGGAGUUGUGCUGAGGGAGGCCCCGCUCUCUCCUUUCCCAGAUGUUUAGUUCAUUUCAUUCCGAUCUCCUCUGCAUUAUUGUAGCCAUUUGCUGCAGCCUGUCAACGAUGCCUCUGCCUAUCCCUGUUCUCUCCUCUCCGCACAGGCUACACAAACGCCUCACACCGCGUGGCUGCUGCCUCUCUAACCUGGUGGUCCCUGCACGCACCACCACCUGGAGUUCCAGGUCUCAGGCAGCCUCUGGAACUGCCGUUCUGCUGCCAACAAGGCAGACUUCAUCCCAGCCUAUGCUACCCUCCAGUCCCUCGACUUCUUGGCGCUGACGGAAACAUGGAUUACCAAUGAAAACACUGCUACUCCUACUGCUCUCUCCUCGUCUGACCAUGUGUUCUCGCAUACCCCGAGAGCAUCUGGUCAGCGGGGUGGUGGCACAGGAAUCCUCAUCUCUCCCAAGUGGACAUUCUCAAUUUUUCCCCUAAGCCAUCUGUCUAUCUCCUCAUUUGAAUUCCAUGCUGUCACAGUCACUAGCCCAUUUAAGCUUAAUAUCCUUGUCAUCUAUCGCCCUCCAGGUUCCCUUGGAGAGUUCAUCAAUGAGCUUGACGCCUUGAUAAGUUCCUUUCCUGAGGAUGGCUCACCCCUCACAGUUCUGGGGGAUUUCAACCUCCCUACGUCUACAUUUGACUCAUUUCUCUCUGCCUCCUUCUUUCCACUCCUCUCCUCUUUUGACCUCACCCUCUCACCGUCCCCCCCUACUCACAAGGCAGGCAAUACGCUUGACCUCAUCUUUACUAGAUGCUGUUCUUCUACUAAUCUCACUGCAACUCCCCUCCAUGUCUCCGACCACUACUUUGUAUCCUUUUCUCUCUCGCUCUCCUCCAACACUACUCACUCUGCCCCUACACAGAUGGUAAUGCGCCGUCGCAACCUUCGCUCUCUCUCUCCCGCUACUCUCUCCUCUUCCAUCCUAUCAUCUCUUCCCUCUGCUCAAGCCUUCUCCCUCCAAUCUCCUGAUUCUGCCUCCUCAACCCUCCUCUCCUCCCUUUCUGCAUCCUUUGACUCUCAAUGUCCCCUAUCCUCCCGGCCGGCUCGGUCCUCCCCUCCAGCUCCGUGGCUUGAUGACUCAUUGCGAGCUCACAGAACAGAGCUCCGGGCAGCUGAGCGGAAAUGGAAGAAAACUAGACUCCCUGCGGACCUGGCAUCUUUUCACUCCCUCCUCUCUACAUUUUCUUCAUCUGUUUCUGCUGCUAAGGCCACUUUCUACCACGCUAAAUUCCAAGCAUCUGCCUCUAACCCUAGGAAGCUCUUUGCCACAUUCUCCUCCCUGCUGAAUCCUCCCCCCCCCCCCUCCCCCCUCUCUGUGGAUGACUUCGUCAACCACUUUGAAAAGAAGGUUGACGACAUCCGAUCCUCGUUUGUUAAGUCAAAUGACACUGCUGGUCCUGCUCACACUGCCCUACCCUAUGCUUUGACUUCUUUCUCCCCUCUCUCUCCAGAUAAAAUCCUGCGACUUGUGACUGCAGGCCGCCCAACAACCUGCCCUUGACCCUUCCCCUCCUCUCUUCUCCAGACCAUCUCCGGUGACCUUCUCCCCUACCUCACCUCGCUGAUCAACUCAUCCUUGACCGCUGGCUAUGUCCCUUCCGUCUUCAAGAGAGCGAGAGUUGCACCCCUUCUCAAAAAACCAACACUCGAUCCCUCUGAUGUCAACAACUACAGACCAGUAUCCCUUCUUUCUUUUCUCUCCAAAACUAUUGAGCGUGCCGUCUUUAGCCAACUCUCUUUCUAUCUCUCUCAGAAUGACCUUCUUGAUCCAAACCAGUCAGGUUUCAAGACUGGUCAUUCAACUGAGACUGCUCUUCUCUGUGUCACGGAGGCUCUCCGCACUGCUAAAGCUAACUCUCUCUCCUCUGCUCUUGUCCUUCUAGACCUGUCUGCUGCCUUUGAUACUGUGAACCAUCAGAUCCUCCUCUCCACCCUCUCCGAGCUGGGCAUCUCCGGCGCGGCUCACUCUUGGAUUGCGUCCUACCUGACCUGUCGCUCCUACCAAGUGGCGUGGCGAGAAGCUGUCUCCACACCACGUGCUCUCACCACUGGUGUCCCCCAGGGCUCAGUUCUAGGCCCUCUCCUAUUCUCGCUAUACACCAAGUCACUUGGCUCUGUCAUAUCCUCACAUGGCCUCUCCUAUCAUUGCUACGCUGGCAACACACAACUAAUCUUCUCCUUUCCCCCUUCUGAUAACCAGGUGGCGAAUCGCAUCUCUGCAUGUCUGGCAGACAUAUCAGUAUGGAUGACGGAUCACCACCUCAAGCUGAACCUUGGCAAGACGGAGCUGCUCUUCCUCCCGGGGAAGGACUGCCUGUUCCAUGAUCUCGCCAUCACGGUUGACAACUCCGUUGUGUCCUCCUCCCAGAGUACGAAGAGCCUUGGCGUGACCCUGGACAACACCCUGUCGUUCUCCGCUAACAUCAAGGCGGUGACCCGAUCCUGUAGGUUCAUGCUCUACAACAUUCGGAGAGUACGACCCUGCCUUACACAGGAAGCGGCACAGGUCCUAAUCCAGGCACUUGUCAUCUCCCGUCUGGAUUACUGCAACUCGCUGUUGGCUGGGCUCCCUGCCUGUGCCAUUAAACCCCUACAACUCAUCCAGAAUGCCGCAGCCCGUCUGGUGUUCAACCUUCCCAAGUUCUCUCACGUCACCCCCCUCCUCCGCACACUCCACUGGCUUCCAGUUGAAGCUCGCAUCUGUUACAAGACCAUGGUGCUUGCCUAUGGAGCUGUGAGGGGAACGGCACCUCCGUACCUUCAGGCUCUGAUCAGUCCCUACACCCAAACUGUCACGGUUUCGGCCGAGGCUGCUCCUUCUCCUUGUUCGGGCAGGCUUCGGCGGUCGUCGUCUCCGGAGUACUACCUGCCACCGUUCGUUGUUUCUGUGUUUGUUUGGUUUGGUCUGUUUUGGUACACCUGUUUCUCAUUUUGUCUUGAUUAUGUGUCCUUUAAGUUCUCGUUGUUUCUGUCUUGUGGUUGUGUGUAGUUGUUCCUUGUCAGCUGAUGCUUCCAGUCAGUUAGUGCUCUAUUUUGAUUUGGAUAGAGAGUCCGCACUUGUUGUGCGUGUUUGCUGUGUUUUGCAUUUAUUACGCUGUGUGCGUAAUUUUUCUCGUGCCUCCGGCUCUGUUUAUAGCCGUUCAUUCUGUGGACUUUACUAAAGUAUUUUUGGACUAGCAUCUGUGUCCUGCAUCUGAUUCCUACACCACACCUACGCCCGCUCUGACACAAACGAGGGCAUUGCGUUCAUCCACCUCUGGCCUGCUGGCUCCCCUUCCUCUGCGGAAGCAUAGUUCCCGCUCAGCCCAGUCAAAACUGUUCGCUGCUCUGGCACCCCAAUGGUGGAACAAGCUCCCUCACGACGCCAGGACAGCGGAGUCACUCACCACCUUCCGGAGACAUUUGAAACCCCACCUCUUUAAGGAAUACCUGGGAUAGGAUAAAGUAAUCCUUCUACCCCUCCCUUACCCCAUACCCCCCCACCCCCCCCCCCCCCCCCCCCCCCCAAAAAAAAUAAAUAAAAAAAAAAUACACAUUGUAAAGUGGUUAUCCCACUGGCUAUAAGGUGGAUGCACCAAUUUGUAAGUCGCUCUGGAUAAGAGCGUCUGCUAAAUGACGUAAAUGUAAUAUGGAAUAAACAAAACGUACAGUCAAUAACACAAUAGAAAAUCUAUAUACAGUGUAUGCAAAUGUCGUAAGUUAUGGAGGUAAGGCAAUAAAUAGGCUAUAGUGCAAAAUAAUUACAAUUUAGUAUUAACACUUGAGUGAUAGAUGUGCAUAAGAUGAUGUGCAAAUAGAGAUACUGGGGUGCAAAUGAGCAAAAUAAAUAACAAUGUAAAUAACAAUAUGGGGAUGAGGUAGUUGGGUGGGCUAAUUACAGAUGGGCUGUGUACAGGUGCAGUGAUCGGUAAGCUGCUCUGACAACUGAUGCUUAAAGUUAGUGAGCGAGAUAAGUGUCUCCAGCUUCAUAGAUUUUUGCAGUUUGUUCCAGUCAUUUUCAGCAGAAAACUGGAAGGAAUGACGGCCAAAGGAGGUGUUGGCUUUGGGGAUGACCAGUGAGAUAUACCUGCUGGAGCGCAUACUACGGGUGGGUGUUGCUAUGGUGACCAAUGAUCUAAGAUAAGGCGGGGAUUUGCCUAGAAGUGAUUUAUAGAUGACCUGGAGCCAGUGGGUUUGGCGACGAAUAAGUAGUGAGGGCCAGCCAACGAGUGCGUACAGGUCACAAUGGUGGGUAGUAUAUGGGGCUUUGGUGACAAAAUGGAUGGCACUGUGAUAGACUACAUCCAAUUUGCUGAGUAGAGUGUUGGAAGCUAUUUUGUAAAUGACAUCGCCGAAGUCAAGGAUCGGUAGGAUAGUCAGUUUUACGAGGGCAUGUUUAGCAGCAUGAGUGAAGGAGGCUUUGUUGCGAAAUAGUAAGCCUAUUCUAGAUCUAACUUUGGAUUGGAGAUGCUUAAUGUGAGUCUGGAACUAGAGUUUAUGGUCUAACCAGACACCUAGGUAUUUGUAGUUGUUCACAUAUUCUAAGGCAGACCCGCCGAGAGUAGUGAUUCUAGUUGGGCAGGCUGGUGCCAGCAGCGUUCGAUUGAAGAGCAUGCAUUUAGUUUUACUAGCGUUUAAGAGCAGUUGGAGGCCACGGAAGGAGUGUUGUAUGGCAUUGAAGCUUGUUUGGAGGUUUGUUAACACAGUGUCCAAUGAAGGGCCAGAUGUAUAUAAAAUGGUGUCGUCUGCAUAGAGGUGGAUCUGAGAGUCACCAGCAGCAAGAGCGAUAUCAUUGAUAUACACAGAGAAUAGAGUCAGCCCGAGAACUGAACCCUGUGGCACCCCCAUAGAGACUGCCAGAGGUCCAGACAACAGGCCCUCUGAUUUGACACAUUGAACUCUAUCUGAGAAGUAGUUGGUGAACCAGGCGAGGCAGUCAUUUGAGAAACCAAGGCUAUUUAGUCUGCCAAUAAGAAUGCGGUGAUUGACAGAGUCAAAAGCCUUGGCCAGGUCGAUGAAGACGGCUGCACAGUACUGUCUUUUAUCGAUCGCGGUUAUUAUAUCGUUUAGGAACUUGAGCGUGGCUGAGGUGCACCCGUGAACAGCUCGGAAACCAGUUUUCAUAGCGGAGAAGGUACGGUGGGAUUCGAAAUGGUCGGUGAUCUGUUUGUUAACUUGGCUUUCAAAUACUUUCGAAAGGCAGGGCAGGAUGAAUAUAGGUCUGUAACAGUUUGGAUCUAGAGUGUCACCCCCUUUGAAGAGGGGGAUGACUGCGGCAGCUUUCCAAUCUCUGGGGAUCUCAGAUGAUACGAAAGAGAGGUUGAACAGGCUAGUAAUAGGGGUUGCGACAAUUUCUGCGGCUAAUUUGAGAAAGAAAGUGUCCAGAUUGUCUAGCCCAUCUGAUUUGUAGGGGUCCAGAUUAAGCAGCUCUUUCAGGACAUCAGCUAUCUGAAUUUGGGUGAAGGAGAAGCGGGGGGGCAUGGGCAAGUUGCAGCGGAGGGUGCAGAGCUGGUGGCCAGGGUAGGGGUAGGCAGGUAGAAAGCAUGGCCAGCUGUAGCAAAAUGCUUUUUGAAAUUCUCGAUUAUCGUAGAUUUAUCGGUGGUGACAGUGUUUCCUAGCCUCAAAAGGAAAAGUUGCAUAUCGCGGGGGCUAUUUGAUGCUAAUGCAGUACGCCACAGGAUGUUUUUGUGCUGGUCAAGGGCAGUCAAGUCUAAGGAGAACCAGGGGCUAUAUCUGUUCUUAGUUCUGAAUUUUUUGAAUGGGGCAUGCUUAUUUAAGAUGGAGAGGAAAGCACUUUUGAAGAACAUCCAGGCAUCCUCUACUGACGGAAUGAGGUCAAUAUCCAUCCAGGACACCCGGGCCAGGUCAAUUAGAAAGGCCUGCUCGCUGAAGUGUUUUAGGGAGCGUUUGACAGUGAUGAGGGGUGGUCGUUUGACCGCGGACCCAUUACGGAUGCAGGCAAUGAGGCAGUGAUCGCUGAGAUCCUGGUUGAAGACAGCGGAGGUGUAUUUAGAGGGUAAAUUAGUCAGGAUGAUAUCUAUGAGGGUGCCCAUGUUUACGGAUUUAGGGUUGUACCUGGUAGGUUCCUUGAUAAUUUGUGUGAGAUUGAGGGCAUGUAGUUUAGAUUGUAGGACGGCCGGGGUGUUAAGCAUAUCCCAGUUUAGGUCACCAAGCAGUACGAACUCUGAGGAUAGAUGGGGGGCAAGCAAUUCACAUAUGGUGUCCAGGGCACAACUGGGGUCUGAGGGGGGUCUGUAGCAAGUGGCAACAGUAAGAGACUUAUUUCUGGAAAGGUGCAACUCCGACCCCUUUGGCAGUUCUAUCUAGACGGAAAAUGUUGUAGUUCGGAAUGGACAUUUCUGAAUUUUUGGUGGCCUUCCUAAGCCAAGAUUCAGACACUGCUAGAACAUCAGGGUUGGCAGAGUGUGCUAAAGCAGUGAAUAACUCAAACUUGGGGAGGAGACUUCUGAUGUUAACAUGCAAGAAACCAAGGCUUUUACGGUUACAGAAGUCAACAAAUGAUAGCGCCUGGGGGGUAGGAGUGAUACUGGGGGCUACAGGGCCUGGGUUAAUCUCUACAUCACCAGAGGAACAGAGGAGGAAUAGAAUAAGUAUACAGCUAAAGGCUUUAUGAACUGGUCUUCCAGUGCGUUGGGUACAGAGAAUAAAAGGGGCAGAUUUCUGGGCGUUGUAGAAUAGAUUCAGGGCAUUAUGUACAGACAAGGAUAUGGAAGGAUAUGAGUACAGUGGAGGUACACCUAAGCAUUGGGUAACUAUGAAAGAGAUAGCAUCACUGGAGGUACCGAUUGAGCCGGUCUCCGCGUGUAUGGGGGUGGGACAUAUCUUUACUUUUACUAAAGUAUGACAAUUUAGUACCUUUUCCACCACUGCGCACACUUUUUUUUAUAGACUAACGGAGUGUAAACUAUAAAAAGAAAGAAAGAAAGUUGCACAUUCUAAUUAUGCUCCCAAACGUUUAAUGGACAUUCAGUCUGACUAGUUUGACUAGUCAACAAACAAUCCAUUUUGUAAAGCUGCUGUUUGGCAAGUCCCAGCAAAACUGCAUCAAUUAGUGUAAGCUUGGGUAGUAAUCACAUUUUCAAUCAUGUAAGUUCAACUAGAAAAUCUUUCCAAGCUCUAGCAUUACUUUCCUUUUUUAAUUGAAUGACAGAUGCUCAACAGCCAAGUGAUAAUGUGUUUAAAGUACAUUGAAGAGCAGGGUUUAAUUAAAACGCUCUACAUGGAAGAGUACAUUCUCCAUCGUCUGAAACAUGAAAGUGUUAAUUGACUUUUUUAAAUCCCCAACUUCAAUAUUUGACAAAGUGUUUACAGGUCCUGUUCUGCAAUUUUUUUCAGAUUGACCAGCACGAAAGGGAAGACUUCAAUCUCACAUCUGAUGCAGAAUUCAAUGCUAUCAAGUCAGUUGUCCUGGGGAAAGUGCAUGGUGAGUUAUAGAAGACUGCAUUCAAAUGAUGAAGGAGAAGGCCGUUUAAGUUAAAACUUGCAAAGAAAUUGUAAUUUAAUAAAGAGCUGAGUGGUGUUUCGCUGUAUGUCUCAAUCACAGAACUGGAGAGCUUGUCAGGAUCCCUCCUGUCUGAAGCUUUUACAUAAAGCUUGUUAAAAUGACAUAAAGAUUGUUAAAAUGACAUAAAGCGUAUAUGAUGACAAAGAGUUUCUUUAGCUCAAAUAGAGAUGGAAUUGCUCACAUACGUAAGUAAUCAUUAUGUAUUAUUAUGUGAAAUUUUUUUGUUCACUCAGGGAAUCGCAGUUCGACAUGACGUGUUAUCAUAUCGUGUCUGUUUACCUAAAAUCGGAAUAAUAUUGUCUUUAUGUAUAAUUAUUGUCUAUCCCCUGCUUCGGAAAUAGGCCACUUUAUGAAGGCCUAAUGCUAAUGUCUUUGCUUUAAAAUAGGAGGCCUGCUUUCAAUAGUAAUGAGGAUGUCACGCCUUGACGUAUGGAACUCUUGUUGGUUUAGUCAGGGUGUGGGAAUCUAUGUGAUGUUUUCUAUGUGUAGGAUCUGGAUUCGUAUUUCUAUGUUUGGCCGGGUGUAAUUCCCAAUCAGAGACAGCUGUCGCUCAUUUUCUCUGAUUGGGGAUCAUACUUAAGUAGCCUGUUUGCUUACCUUAGUUGUGGGAUCUUGUUCCUGUGUUUGGCUUGUAUUGUGUAGAGCCUUGGACUUCACGUUACGUUGGUUUGUUGUUGUGUUUAUUAUUAAAUAAACAUGUUCACAUCGCACGCUGCACCUUGGUCUGACCCGUCUCCCAACGAUCGUGACAGAGGAAUGAUUAAUGGAAACAGACACAUAAAAUACAGUGGUUAUAGUCGUACAUUCUGAUACAAUGUAAUGAACAAAACAUUCCAUGUCAAGUCGAAAUAAUACUCCCUAUACUAUGCCUGUAUACAAAAAUACACAAUGCACUACUACACAUUUCAGAUGCAAAUCCAUUUCUAUCCAUAUGUAACAAUGUCAAGAAUGUCACAAUAACAAAGUUAAACAGUAGCUACUGUGACAUUGUAAUUGACUUAUUCAUGAUCUUUCAAAAAACUCCAUUAGUCUGACGUCAGAAUAAUCCAGUAGCUGUAGGGUAUAAUGACUUGUGGGGCUAAGGGGUCUGCCCUCUGGCUCUCCGGUCAUGCGGCACAUACACACACAUACGCACAAGCACAUGCACACACUGCUCUGUGGUCUGUGGUAGUGGAGUGUAUCUCAGAUGCCAUGGACCAUGUUAACACGUGACCGGGUCCUCCCCAUACGCUCUUUUCUAACCCCUCCGCCCUGCCACAGUCUGUGUGUCAUAUCAGGAUCAAAGAGCUAGCAUGAAAGUGGAUUCGGUGUCAUUCCCAGCGACGCCUGUCAUCGAUCACGCUAACAAAUUGACCUGUAAUGAAUCAGAGAGAGAGAGAGAGAGAGAGAGAGGAGAGAGAGAGAAGAGAGAGAGAGAGAUAUGAGAGAGAGAGAGAGAGAUAGAGAGAGAGGAGAGAGGAUAGAGAUCGCAUAGCUCAUGAUAGAGAGAGAUCGCGGCAGAGAGCAGAGAUCGAUAUCUGAGAGACUCUUCUAGCGGAUCUCUCUCUCUCGAGCGCUAGAUCCUCGCUAGUAGUCUCGAUCUCUAUCUCUCUCUCUCUAGCGAUCUGAGCGAUCUCUCUAGACCGGAGGAGAGAUCGACUGUCGGCAAUAUGCUCCUCUGUUGAGAAGGGAAAUUAACCGUCAGGAUACAGUAGCUUGUGUGAUGCAGUACAAUGUCAUCGGCUCACUGACUUCCAUCCCAUCCCUUUUAACAGUUCUGAUAACCAUGCAAAUUCAUACCAUUAAAUUCAUAGUUCAUUCUGAUGCCCUGGCAAAUAUAGGGUUUUACUGGAUAUUAGCCAGUCAAAUGGUAGCAGUGUUACUGGGGUCUCUCAUUAUCUACUUUAUGUUUAUUGUGAGCUGUCGAUGAAGUAGAUGCUCUGCCUAGUCAACAUACACUGAGAGAGCAGUGAAUCCCACUUCUUUUACCCUACACUGAUCACUAUACUGCACAUGUCAAACACGGAGGGCCGAGUAUCUACGGGUUUUCACUCCUCCCUUGUACUUGAUUGAUGAAUUAAGGUCACUGAUUAGUAAGGAACUCCACUCACCUGGUUGUCUAGGUCUUAAUUGAAAGGGAAAAAACUAAAUCCAGACACCAGGUCGUCCAUGGAUUGAGUUUGACAUCCCUGUGUAGUGGAUCGAUGUUAAUCUAUACCUUUAUCCAUUAUAGUAUGUAAUGAUCUGACUUACCUCUGAUCUCACUGACUGUUUCUGCAUUUUUGGUCACGUGUGUGUGCAUUUGUGUGUGUGUGUGUGUGUGUGCAUGUUUGUGUUUAGAGUCUGGUGAGCUGGAUCCAGAGAUCGCCAGGCUGAACUCCCAGGGUUUCAGUGGCUGUCUGUCGGUGGUCCAGUUUUUCCCCCCUCCCCCUUGA